GUUGUCGCGGAAAGCCCUUAAUCUACAGAUUAGCGACUUUGGGAAAACCUUAGGUGGAUGAGACAUCGAUUGUAGUACAAUGAACGAUUUAAAUCCUUCUAACAAAACCGCUGGACAGCAGGUGAUCGCUGUAGAGGUGAGAGAUGGACAUACGGGGGCCUUGUCAAAUAUCGAAUAUGCUCAAAAAUCUAUGGUGGGACACGGAUCGUUUGGUUACGUUUACCAGAUAACACUAUUACAUGACAACAGUAAGGCAGCAAUCAAGCGAGUUCUGCAAGAUAAACGUUACAAAAACAGAGAACUUGAAAUAAUGAGGCUCAUAAAUCACAAGAAUAUCGUCAAGUUGCUUUCCUUUUUCUACAAGACCAAUGAUAAAGACGAGCAAUAUCUUCAUUUGAUUUUGGAGUACAUUCCGGAGACGUUGUACAAAUCAUGUCACUGGUAUACUUCCAGACAAAGGACCAUGCCAAUGCUUGAGGUAAAACUAUACUCUUACCAACUUUUUCGCUCUUUGUUAUACAUUCACUCCUUAGGAAUUUGUCACAGGGAUAUCAAACCUCAAAAUCUGUUAAUUGACCCACUCAACGGAAUACUUAAAUUGUGUGAUUUUGGCUCAGCGAAGGUUUUGAAUCCUGCAGAACCCAACGUUUCCUAUAUAUGUUCCAGAUAUUAUAGAGCCCCAGAGCUUAUAUUUGGAGCCCGGAAUUACACCACCAAAAUUGAUUUAUGGUCUGCAGGCUGUGUGAUAGCGGAACUUAUUUUGGGACAGCCAUUGUUCCCAGGAGAGUCCGGAAUUGAUCAGCUUGUUGAGAUUAUCAAAAUUCUAGGCACACCAACUAAGGAUGAGAUUAAGUCCAUGAAUCCUAACUACAUGGACCAUAAAUUCCCAUCGAUAAAACCUAUACCAUUACAGAAGAUAUUCAAAAACGUGGAACCAGAAUGUUUAGAACUGUUGCAAUUGGUGUUGAAUUACUCUCCAAUUUUGAGAAUUGGAGCUGCUGAAGCGCUGACCUGCAAAUUUUUCGACGAGUUUAGAGCACAACCAGAAAUCAAAUUCCCCAAUUUCAGGAACUACAAAGUGGAUCGUGAGCUGCUAAUUCCCGAUCUAUUUGACUUCUCAAAGAGAGAACUGAGUGUCAAUCCUGCUUUGAUUGACGCUUUGGUACCUGCAUGGAAAAGGGAUCAACUAGAUUUUGAUCUCGACUCUUUUGUGCCUUAUUCGGCUGAAGAGCUCUUGGACCCAGCCAUUAACUAAAUGUCUCGUCUUUGAACGCGCUCAGACUAUAAUAAAGCUGAAUGAUUACGACUGUUAUUUGCCAUCACUUACUUACUUGUUCACUUCUUGAUGAUUGAUUGUAUUAAAUGCCAAAUUAAAUACACUGGUUGUAAGGACAUUGACUGGGACCAAGCGCUUUGUGCCGCCUGUCAAGACCUCUCUAUUUUAUUAUAUUGCCUGCACUUUAAAAAAAAAAAAACUGAACUUACGAUCGAAAAUAAUUUGCGUCCCAGAUUUCGUGAAGGAUGAUAUCAAAUCUGUUAUCCUAACAGCUUGAAAUGUCUAAAAGACGAAUUUUAGGUGCCUCCGAUACAGGGCUCAAUGGGAACGCUUCUAUGGAUGAGCUAAACCCGUCGUCUUUGUCCUCUUCUCAAUCCUCUUUACAUUCUUCAUCUUUGGCUGGCCCUGAUAUCCUGGAGUGUCCCAUUUGCACAGAGUCUAUGGUUACGGUUAAUCAGCUGAAUAGACAUCUUGAUGACGAACAUGCGGUUUCCUCAUUUGGCUCUUCAGAAACAAAUCUACAGAUCGAAUUGGAUUUCAAACAAUGGUUCAAAAAAACACUUGCAACAAAAGCUGAUGAUGUUGUAGGAAAAUCCUUAUACCAAAAUCCUCCUAAGCAAUUACGUGCUGCUACUCAGGAUUCUUGUCUCAAUGACGGUAAUAGUGACGAUGAGACACAAAAAUUAGCUUUUGAAAACUCCUCAGUUAUAACACGAAAUCAUUGGCAAAAGCCUUCUGGAUCUGAUAUAUGCUGCUAUAACUCGUGUGCUAAAAGGUUGAAUGGAAAAAAUGGUAUGGUGAACUGUCGAAAGUGUGGAAGACUGUUUUGCGGUUAUCAUUCUAGGUUUCACAUUAAGCUCAAUUCUAGUCUACAAUCAGAUCCCUUGAAUGGUUACUGGAGUCGGUGCUGUCAAGAAUGUUUCUUCAGCUACAAGGCAGGAUGGGACUUGGCGAAAACGGAGAACUGCGCUUUUUUCACUGAUAAAACUUCAAACCUGAAAAACAUUCGUUCGAAAAAGCUUAAUUCUGUGAAGUUAGAGACGGUGGCUUUAGAAAAUAGAUGCAUCAAAUUAGUGGGUGUUCUCAAAGAUAUUGAGAAAAACAACAUUCCAGCGCGGUCUUUGCGGUCGAUCGAACGAAAUCUUGCUGACUGGGUGGAUGAUGCCGGGGUUGACAAUUGCAGCAUCUGCAAAACAGAAUUCAAUUUCUGGAAUCGCAAACAUCAUUGCAGGAUUUGCGGACAAGUUGUUUGUGGAGAUAUUUCACGAGGAUGCUCUAUGGACGUACCAGCAAAUAUAGUUGUUGACAUUAUGAAUAUCGAUCAAGAAGUCAAGUUGGAAAAGCUGCAAGACUCACGUUGGUCAAUUCGCAUGUGCUUGAAUUGCAAACAAAAGUUGUUCAACAAAAGGAUAUACCUCCAAAAUGUGUACUCUGACUCACAAGCUGAACUAUUGCAAUACUAUAGGCAAGUAAAGGCUUUAGAAGACAAAUUUGAAAAGAGCACACAGUCUUCGGAUAAGGCAGUUGAGCUAAGAAAUAUUGACUUAUUGGGACGCAUGGAGAAGAUUGGAAAGCUAGUGUCCAAUAUAGUAAAUUCUUUGGAAUACGUUCUGGAGCAAAAUCAAUCAAAGCAAGGAUUGGUGUCGGUCAAGCCUGACGAAGUGAAGCUAUACAAAGCCUUGAAACUUCAUAUUGUGAUGUUUUUACAAGACAAUCUUCCUGGGUUGCGCAGAGCACAACAAGAGAAAUUGAAAAAAGAGCAAACUGAACUCGAACAGCAAACCGGUGCUAACAGUCACAGACCUAGGUUGCUCAAGAAAGAAAUCAGGGAAUACAGAGAAAAAUUGAUGGUAUUAAAUGAGCAAAAGUUCAUGGUGCAAAACCUGUACAACGACUAUAAAAAACGAAAGAAAUUUGAUGAUCUCAUAUCACUCGAAGCUAAUUUGGAGGAUUUGCAACGUGAGAUUGAUAUUAUCGAAGAAAGGCUGGGCGACAGUGCAUUUCAAUAA